GGAGGAAGGAAUUUUAUCGAGGUCAAUUAGCAUUGUGUACACAGUUGGAAGAUUCUCAACUUGAGGAAGAAAAUUAUCACGGAAUUUAGUCGCAUGAUCGUCAUACGUGACUGCAGAAGACAACGAAUGAGUAAUUUUCGUGGGAUUAUUAAACUCUGUUGAUUGAUGAUUAGUAUGUGAUUUUAAAAAAAAAGAAUGCGAUAUGAAAUCAGGUAUUAAGUACAGCCAUGAUGUGUACGUAUCUAAGGCUAUCUUAUACACUGAAAAUGAUAACAAGGCUGAUAGGAAUUUCUCGGUGAUCUGAAGCGAGAGAGUAAUGGUGGAAUACAGUUGACAAUUUUCAUUCUACCGCACAUGAACGACAAAGUCGUGAAGAGAAUUGUUAAUUUUUGUGGUGAAGAGAUUCAGUAAAUUAUAAAAAAUUGAUAUGGAUACCAUUGAGGAUAUAUGGCUGAGGUUUUAUAUCACCUGGGGAAUUGGUGGUGGUAGUAUUGUCAUUCUUUUGAUUCUCGUCGGUGUUAUCCUUGUCAAACUCAAUCGACUCACACAUGAUCGAUCGAAUCGCUUGCAUAGUCAGAGGAACAUGAUGGCAGAUUUUUGUUAUUCAAAUCCGACGAUUGUGCCAGGUGAAGAACUGUCAAGGCGUGGAUACUCCAUGUACAAUGGAAGUGAUUUAGUACCUUCUCAACCAUUCAGCGCCAAGUUGAAUGAUUAUGGGAAUUAUCAGGAGGCUCGAUCGAAAUUCUGAAUUAUUUUACACAUUCCCCGCUGUUAAUAUUGUUUACAAAAAUCGUACGUCGUAAUUUAUAAAUUAAAAUAUAUAUUCGUCGCUAUAAAAUAAGUCGAGAAAAUUUGAGUUCUGAAAAUUUCACUUUCGAGAUAUUUACCGUCAUAAUCAUGUUAAUGAUUCAUCUAUGUGAAUGUCAUUAGGACGUGGAGGAAAAAAUUUUAUCGUUUCUUUAUUAGUCACGUUUCAUGUUAUCCCAAAACGUCAGAAAAUUCAAUGUGGUACGGAGUCCUUGUAGUUAUCGUCUCAUAAUUUAUAAAAGAAGACCAAAGGUUUUGGGAAGGUCCAAAGAAUUUGAAGUAUAUCAUCCAUUUUUUAUGCAUCAGAUCUAAAGAAUCUACUCAUGUGUCACACACAUAAAGAACCCGUCAACGAAUGAAUAUUCGAUCUAGUAUUCAACGCUUGAAUCAUGAAAUCUAAGUAGACUUCGAAUCUAAUUCAUUCUUAAAUCAAGAAUAUUUAAAUUCCUAAUAAAUUUCAAUGGCUGUUCAA